UCAAAACACGUGUGUUAUUAAAAGCGAUAGAAUAUUCUCAUGUGCCUUUUUAGCUGAUAGAAUAUUAAGAUAUUUUAUAGAACACUAAUGAGCUUCUGAUAGUUGUGAACUAAGGAUUGGCUUGUAUCAUUGUUUUAUGUGAUUAUUGAGUGAUUGUAAUAUAACGCUAUGGGUUCGAAAAGAAAAUCUACUGUGAAGAAAAACAAACGGUUAAAGAAAUUGAAAAAAACUGUUUAUGAAGAACCUGAAGAAUUGAAAAGAGCUCCACAUUCUUUUGUUAUUCAUAGAGGUCAAAUUGGUAAAAGUCUUUUGCAGUUGGUUAAGGAUUUUCGGAAAGUAAUGGAACCAUUUACUGCCUCUUCAUUGCAAGUGUACAAAAAAAAUACAAUUAAAGAUUUUGUAGCCCUGGCUGGUCCUAUGCAUGUGUCACAUUUGUGUGUGUUCACUAGUUCAGAGACUGGGAUUAACUUUCGAAUCGCUAGAUUACCUCAAGGUCCAACGAUGACAUUUAAACUACACAAUUAUGCACUUAGUAAAGAUGUUGUGUCAUCUCUACGAAAGCAAAUGGUCAAUCCAAAAUUGUUCCGUCACGCUCCUUUAAUUGUUAUGAAUAAUUUUACUGGUGAAGGAUUGCAUAUUAGCUUAAUGGCUACCAUGUUUCAAAACAUGUUUCCCACCAUUAAUAUCACAAAAGUAAAUUUGAAUGAUAUUAAAAGAUGUGUUCUAAUGAAUUAUAAUCCUGAAACAAAAAUGAUAGAAUUUAGACAUUAUGCUAUUAAAACCGUUCCAGUGGGCCUGUCAAAAGGCGUGAAAAAAAUUGUUCAGAGUAAAGUACCCGAUUUAUCAAAUUUCAAUGAUAUUGAUGAAUUUUUAUUAAAACCAGAACUUUUAUCUGAUAGUGAGGUUGAAGAAAAUCCAAGUUCCAAUGUUAUUGUUCCUCAAAAAUUAGUAAGCCGAGGUAACAUAGUAGGAACUCAAUCCUCCAUACGAUUAAGUGAACUAGGUCCAAGACUAACAUUGCAGUUGAUCAAAGUGGAAGAAGGACUUAUGACUGGUGAUGUGAUGUUCCAUGAAUUUGUUAAAAAACCAGAUGAAGCACAAGAAAAAAUACCAGAGACAUUAGAUGAUGAUGCCCAAGAAAAGAUUAAAAUCGAAAAUCCGGAAAAAAAAAAUAAAAAACAAUAAUCAAUGCCUUAAAUUCUUAAGGCUUGUCUAUUUGUAUAAAAUAUGUAAUAAUUUAUGUAUUAUGUUUUUAGUUUCUAAUAAAAUAAAUAUUUUUCUUUUGA